CCCGCGCCUCCUGCCCGCCCCGCGAGCCGGGCACCUGUGCCAGGAGCCCAGUCAGAUCAGCUGAGACGGGAUCUGCACAGCAAGCACCAUGAGUAUCUCAGCUCUCGGAGGCGGCGCUAAAGGGAAGGCCCUACCACCUGGCGAGGAGGAACGCAACAAUGUCCUCAAGCAGAUGAAGGUUCGAACCACGCUCAAGGGGGACAAGAGCUGGAUCACCAAGCAGGAUGACUCGGAGGGAAACUCGGAGGGCCUCACCCUAGAGCUGCCCUCUGGUCGGAGUCGUGCCGCAUCCUUUUCAUCGGCUGGGGAAGUCCCGAAGGCUAGGCCUCCAAGCACAAGGGCUCCCACUGGCUAUAUCAUCCGGGGAGUGUUCACCAGGCCCAUAGACAGCUCGUGCCAGCCCCAGCAGCACUUCCCCAAGGCCAACGGAGCUCCAAAAAGUGCAACCGGCCUGCUGAGAGCCACUCCUGCUGGACCUCCCCGCCCCUCCUCCUCUGGCUAUAAGAUGACCACUGAGGAUUACAAGAAGCUGGCACCCUACAACGUCCGGCGUAGCUCCGCUUCGGAGGCCGCUGAAGAGGAGGAGGUACCCUUCUCAUCUGAUGAGCAGAAACGGAGGUCAGAGGCCGCAAGCAGUGUGGUGAGGAAGACGGCUCCCCGCGAGCACUCUUAUGUUCUGUCAGCAGCCAAGAAGAGCACCAGCAGCCCUACCCAGGAGAUGCAGGCCCCGUUCAUUGCGAAGAGGGUUGAGGUGGUGGAUGAGGACAGGCCUUCCGAGAAGAGCCAAGACCCACCUGCUCUAGCAAGUUUCCCUCCUGGCUCAAGGAGUACAAGAGGUGAGGAGAUUGUCCGCCUGCAGAUCACGACACCUGGAGCAGGACUCCGCCUGAUGGCCCCAGACCUGGAAGGGAUGAGUUUUUCCCCAGGCUCCAAAGACAAAGAGGUCCCCAGCCUUAGAGAGGCCAAGAGAGACUUGGUUGGUGAGGAGGCCUGCAAGAGCCCCAGUCUAGACCCUGAAAGGUCAAGUGCACAGUCAAGUGAUAGCAAUGUGGGAUCCAGAGCCAUGGGCUUCCUACCUGAAGUCUUGACUGGAGCAGACAUUGGCUCUGAGAGAGGAAGUUCCAGUACUACUCUGGCCUCUGCUGGACCAGCUGAUCAGAAGAGUGACAGUCCAGCAGACCUGGAGGAUAGAGAAGCACACCUGAAGGGCAUCUUGGCUGGUUCUGAAGAAAAGAAUGUGGCUGCCAAGGUGGGAGAGACCUGGCAGGAGAAGCCCGCAGCCCUGAGAGGUGGCCAGGGAGACCCAGCUGCACCCUCCCAGCAGCCUGCAUCCCCCAGGACCCCAGAGCCACAGAGCAGCCCCAGAAGACCUGAGCAGCUUGUGGAACUGGACAGCCAGGCCAGCAGCACCUUGGCUGGUUCUGAAGAAAAGAAUGUGGCUGCCAAGGUGGGAGAGACCUGGCAGGAGAAGCCCGCAGCCCUGAGAGGUGGCCAGGGAGACCCAGCUGCACCCUCCCAGCAGCCUGCAUCCCCCAGGACCCCAGAGCCACAGAGCAGCCCCAGAAGACCUGAGCAGCUUGUGGAACUGGACAGCCAGGCCAGCAGGAUAAGAAACCCCUCGGAUUGUAUGGUCACUGUUACCGUCACUGCCUCUCCUGAGCAGCCUCAUGUUUAUGUCCCAGCCUCUCCAAGUGAAUUGGACUCCAGUUCAUCCAGCAAAGGGAUUCUCUUUGUGAAGGAAUACGUGAAUGCUAGUGAGGUAUCCUCCGGGAAGUCAGUGUCUUCAUGCUACAGCAGUAUUAGAAACACUGGAGACUCAUGUGACGUGGAGAAGAAACCUGCAUGUGACAGCUCUCUGUACUCUGAGAGAAUAAGUGGAAGGAUCUGUACUUACUGCAACCAGGAGAUCAGAGACUGUCCAAAGAUUACCCUAGAGCAUCUUGGCAUCUGCUGCCAUGACUAUUGCUUUAAGUGUGGGAUUUGCAGUAAACCAAUGGGUGAGCUCCUGGAUCAGAUCUUCAUCCACCGCGACACCGUCCAUUGCGGGAAAUGCUAUGAGAAGCUCUUCUAGCUCUUCCAAGCUGAGAAGCUGAUGAGUCCUGGACAAGUUUGGCUGUCCCCAGUUGCCCCAAGUUGCUGGCUCCUCUUUCCUCACUUUCUCCCUC